AUGGAUCCAUUUUCCAAACUCCCGUCGCUUGUUCAGACUGAAAUAUUUGUUCAACUCCGGUCUGAUACAAGUAUCAAGCAGAUAACUCGGGCCUCUCCUUCGAUGCUAUGGCAUUUCGUCACUUUCAGGAAAAGCAUCAUCCGCCGCAUCAUUAACCACAUUGCUCCUCCCACCACUUCCGGCGAUAUCAUUCGAGAUGCUCUGCGAAUUAUCGACAUUUCAGACAACGCAGCGGCCGAAAGAUAUAAAGACACGGAUCUCUCGCGAAAGGCGAAGGCGCCGGACAAUUUGACCGACGAUCAACUUCGAAGGCUCUGGCGCCUCUUUGUCCGAAUGAUUCACUUCAUCGAAGAUUACAUAUCGAAAGCAACAAGCGUCUAUCCCCCGAGAGCUUACAUGGGCAUUCCAGACGUAAUCGAUGGCAGCGGAAGUUAUUUCCAGGGGCAGAGACUAGAAACCAACGCCGUGAGGUUCACGACGUUGACAAGUGCUGAGCGGCAUAGGUUCUUAUCUGCCUUUAUGAGACAUGAGCUGCUUUGCAAGAUUUUCUAUCCGCGGGAUAGGUAUCUUGGAGAGGAAAUAGCGAUGGGAAGACCGCUAGCCAAAAUGUGUCAGGAGGCUGAUUGGGAGAUAUUACUGUCCGUCCAUGCAUACUAUACAGCUGUGUACGGAGCGUUGUUCGCGCAUGGUGCGAGUUCCUGGUUUCCAGGUAUACCUGAGCAAUGCCAGAGAGGGGAGCCGCCUCAGAGUUCUGUGCCCACUGAGUACGGAUUAUUAUUCCCUGAUAAUAUCUUUCUCAAUGCUAGAGAGUACGAGAAAGAUUUGGAUACAAACAACCAGGUUUUGGCCUAUGUGUUGCCAUGUUUUGGUCUGGACUGCUUGACGCAAAUCCUGUUAUAUGUAAGAAAGGCGGUCUGGCACGAAUUCAUUCUUAAAACAUGGCUCCGAACAUUACCUUUUGCCACCUGGUAUGACUGGAGCCUAUGGACUGAAGAGCUCCCCAAUAGUCUCACAGAGACAGAGUUUACAAGCUACGAUCGGCCUCGGACAGAUCAGCCACGCCGAGGCUACAACGGCAUCAAUUGGGACAGAGGCAUAACAUUCAGACCUGGGAAUCAACGCCACGAGUGGGUGAAAGAUGUCCAACUUGCCGCUUAUCGUCAACGCGCCUGGGGGCUAUUUGAUGACGACAGGUUGUAUCCGAAGCAUACCAACCACUUCCCACCCUUUCAUGAGCUUUAUCGAAUGCAAACGGAAUUUGAGGAGAUGGGAUCUCGUGCUAAGCUAUAG